UUCAAACGGCAAAUUAAACAGGCAAAAUGGGCAGUCUAAUCUUCCAUGAAUUCAAAAGGCAAGCAUCAAUCUUCUUCAAAGAAAAAUUCAAGACUGCUAGAUUGGCUCUUACAGAUGUUACCCCUGCAGAGCUAUUAGCAGAUGAAACCACGAAGGGAAACAUGUUAUCACCCGACGCAAACAGCCUGGGGGUAAUAUCACGGGCUGCAUUUGAAGUCGACGAUUAUUGGCGAAUUGUUGAUAUUAUACACAAGAGGUUAUCGGAAUUUGAUGGAAAGACCUGGCGGACAUCUUACAACGCCAUGGUGUUAUUAGAACAUCUGCUAACUCAUGGACCUCUGAGGGUUUUCGAUGAGUUUCAGAGUGAUAAAGGUGCGAUCCAGGAUAUGGGAAACUUCCAAUAUGUCGACGAGAAAGGAUUUAACUGGGGCUUGAGAAUUACAAAACUAUCUGAACGAAUCUUGAUGCUCCUUGAGAACAAGUUAUUUCUCAAGGGAGAAAGAGAGAGAGCACGAAAGCUGACGCUUGGGAUCAAAGGGUUUGGGAGCUUCAAUCAACGUUCCUCGGCAGUGGAGGAAAGAUUCGACUCUUCUGAAUGGUAUGGGAGAUGCAAUUCUAACUACAAUGUUCGGCAAAAUCAAGUGAACGAUUUGCCGGAGGAAAAUGGGAGUUUGUUAGAUGGGGAAGAGAUCGGAAAUGGACAACAGAACUACAGGAAUGAAAACCCAGCAAAAGAGAGGAAGAUAGAGGGCGAACACCCAUUUUGUGAAGAUGAGGAGGAGGACGCAGAAUCUCUGCUUUCUGCAGUUGGAAAAUAGCUAUGGAAGUUUGUAAAUGCUUCAUCUAAUUUCUCAGUACAUGUUGUAAAUACUUUUGCAGAUGCUAAAGAGAAUACUAUGGUUGCAAUUUGAAAUUUUGAAUUUUAAAAAUCUAAAAACUUUGGAAUAAAAUUUAAAAAUUUUA